AUGGCCUUAGGCAAGCACAUUGGGCUUGGAAUAGGCUCAUUAACUCAUUUCUUUGUGAGUAGGGAUUUGUCAAGAGCAAGGUUGAAUUUGGUAUAUGUAAAAGAAAAUUCUCAUCAGAAAUUGUUAAAAGUGUGCCUCUAUGUGGAUGACCUGAUUGAAACAGGUGAAACACAGGUUGAUAUUGAGCAAUUUAAGGAGAAAAUGAUUUUAGUAUUUGAGAUGACCGAUUUAGGUACACUGAGCUAUUUCUUGGGACUGCAAUUUGUGCACACUGACAGAGGCAUUUUUCUGCAUCAGAAUAAAUACAUUCGCAAGGUCCUGAAGAAGUUCAACAUGACAAAUUGCAAUGCAAUUCCAGUACCAAUAAUUGCAAACUUAAAGUUGACUAAAGAAUUGGGUGAGAAGGGAAUGGAUGCAACACUUUAUAAACAAUUAGUUGGAUCUCUUAGAUAUAUGUCUGCAAUAACAGACUUGAUAUAG